GUGGGCGGCUCCACGCUCCCAACCAUCAGAAAACCCUAAACGGGGUUCGUUGUGGCCCUCUUUCCGUCCGGCCGUCUAAGAAUAUUCCGACCAGUCGUCUCCCUCUCCGGUUUCCGUUCUAUGAGAGCGAGCCUCCAUCUUCCGGUCGCCGACACGCUGCCAACUCAACCCGUCGGAUCGUGAUGAUGAUGGCUUCGGCGUGCGUGGACACCAUAGGGGUGACGCCGGAGAGCUUCCUCGACCUCCCGCCUUAUCCCUCUUACGGCUGGCUCAGCCCCCGUAUCUCCUUCAGUCGAGACUUCGACGGCGAUGGGACGCAGUCUUCCAUCGACUCACCGGCCAAGAAGCUGCCAGAAAAUCCGGAUCUGGAGAUGUCGCCGGAGAAGGAUUUCGAGUUCAGGCUCGAGGAUCCUGUGGCAAUGCUUCCGGCUGACGAGCUUUUCUCCGAUGGGAAGCUCAUGCCACUACAGGCGCCGCGUCCAGUAGUGUCGAUGCCGACGUCCUCCACAGCGCCUGCUUGGCCGAUCCGAGAACCUGCGAUGCCGAAGAAACUUCGCCGGGGAUCGGACAUCGGCGUGCCAGAGUUCUGCGCCAUCUCGCCCAAGGCUCCGAGGUGCUCCAGCCGGUGGAGGGAGCUGCUCGGCCUGAAACGGCAACAGAGCGCGAAGCCCGCUGAAGCUGCGUCUUCUUCGCAGAUCUCUGUCACGGCAGCAUCGUCGUCUAUGACGAAGGCUCCGAGGUCACUGAAGCAGUUCCUGCGGGGCGGAUCGGAUCCGAAGUCCUGCACCACCGAUGCUUCUUCCCUGAGUCUUCCUCUCCUCUCUGCCGCUUCACCAGUAAGCGACUCGGAAAUCGAAUCGGUCUCGGCCUCGGUUGCGUCUUCCCGCUUCUCCCUCUCCUCGAGCUCGUCGUCGUGCCCGGAGCACGAGGAGCCACCGAGGUUUUCUCUUGACUCGGAUAAGCCGGGACAGAAUCCUAAUCCUAACGGAACCACCGUCCCUAGCUGCAGUUUAGACAACCGUACGCCUCCCAGGGUAAGGGUGAGCUCUAAUGGUAACCCCAAUAUCGUUGCCAGUGCCAGGGCUCGCGUCGGGCGGAGUCCGAUCCGCCGUGCGCCGGAACCAGGCAGCGUGCCGCCUCGCGGCCUUUCAGUGGAUAGCCCGAGGAUGAAUUCGUCUGGCAAGAUCGUGUUCCAAGGUCUGGAGCGGAGCUCGAGCAGCCCGAGUACCUUCAAUGGCGGGCCGAGGAACAUGAGAGAUCCGUACUACAGGCACAGGGAUAGCUGGAAGGGAAUGGAGAGGUCGUACUCCGCGAACGUCCGGGUCACGCCGAUCCUGAACGUUCCCGUUUGUUCAUUGAGGGCAUCGGGGUCGAAAGGGACGAUCUUUGGCUUGUUUUCUCAGCAGAGGAAAGACCCGGCGAGGUCAAAUAAAGGUAGGAGUGAUAGGGUUUGAGACGGGCAAUUGUUUGUAGGUCGGUAAAUUGCAUUUUCUUCUGACCCAUUAAUCCUUGGAGAUUCCUCGCUUUUCCUUUGUUAGUUUUGACAAGUUUUGCAUGUAAAUAUAAGUCUUUUCUAAAUAUAUGAUGCUCUUUAACGAUU